ACCUUGUGGGUGGCUAACAGAAACGUUGUGAUUUUUUCUCCUUCCAGCAUAACAUAAAACAUCAAAAUGGUUGUGGCUAAAGUGUGGCAAAAAGCUAAACAAUACGAGGGCAACCCAAAACAGUCCGACUUCAAGCUGGUCGAGGAGAAACUGGCGGACACUCUCAAGGAAAACGAGAUUUUGAUUGAGGCAGUGUACUUCACCGUGGAUCCUUACAUGAGAGUCUACGCCAACGGUCUGCCAGCCGAGCAGGUUGCAAGAAUCCUGGACUCCAAAGCCAAAGGUUUCCCCAAAGGCUCCCUCGUCCUCGCCCACGUUGGCUGGAGAAGCCACGCCAUCAUCAACGUCAAAGAGCCCAUGACCUUGGGAUUCCUACCCGAGAUCGUGCCAGAAAUAGCUGGACUCUCUCCUUCCCUGUGGCUCGGAAUCAUCGGCAUGCCCGGAGUGACCGCCUACAUGGCCUUUCUUGAGGAGUGCAACCCCAAACCUGGUGAGGUAGUUGUGGUCAGCGCAGCGUCUGGUGCCGUGGGCAGUGUGGUGGGACAGCUGGCCCGUGAUAAGGGCUGCACAGUGAUUGGCUCGGCCGGCUCCAAGGAGAAAUGUGAUUGGCUGAAGUCACUAGGUUUCCACCACGUCUUCAACUACAAGGAAACUGCGCCGGAAGUAGCUAUGAAGCAGUAUGCUCCAGAUGGAGUUGAUAUCUACUACGACAACGUGGGAGGAGACCUCAGGGAAGCUGUAUUCAACAACAUGCGAAGGAAAGCCCGAGUGCUCAUCUGUGGUCAGAUCUCUGUCUACAACAAGAAUAAUGACACGGGUACGAUCAAGUCGGAGUUUCUGUUAUGUUGUCGUUAUUGA